UCUCUCUCUUACUCUCUCUCUGACUCUCUGGUUCUUCUUUUGCGAUAACCUCAAGUGAACUGUGCUCUUAUCAGAAGAGCGCUUCAGGCUGCAGCCUCUACAAUUGGGACAGUUUGCGCCAAGCCAACGUUGAUGAAGCAUGUCCAAUCGACAUUUAUUGUCGCUCAUCCUCUUGCUCGUCGGGCUCCAACUCGUCUGGCCGGGCAAUGGCGACAGCGACAGAUUUGAGCGUGUCUUCCAAACGGCGGAAUCGGUGCGUCAGAGCAAAGCCCAAGAGAUGCGCAAACAACUGAAUCAAAGCGCUGAUCCCUGCACGGAUUUCUACGAAUACGCCUGUGGUAAUUGGCGGAAAACAGCACAGGAGACCCGAAUGUCCCGCCUGUCGCAACGCAUCGAUAAGGAUCUGGUGCGAUUGCUGGACGAGGCACCGCAUCACAAGGACAAUGCUGUGGCACGUCAGGCUAAGGAGUUUUACAAGUCCUGCCUUGUGGCUCAUACACGUGGUCAAAAUCAGAAACAAUUGCAAUUCAUCAGCGAGUUCAUACAACAGAACGGCGGAUUUCCGGCUGUGCCCGGCUCCAAUUGGCCAGUGUAUCAUCAGGGCUACGAUUGGUUGCAGGUGAUUGGCAAUCUGCGUCGGCACUACGGCAUGGAGAUCCUUAUUGGACUGCAUAUUGGCUACAACUACGCCCAGGUUACGGAGAAUAGCAUUUACCUUAGUGAGCCAAGCACUCUGAUUCCACGCGAGCUCUGCAUCACUAACAGAUUAGAUAUACGUGAUGAGCCGUAUGCCGUCAUCGAGCAACGGGUGACCGAACAGCUAAAGACAUGGCUAGCCAUGGGCAAUGAAGAAUCGGCUCGAUUGGCUGCUGACAUCGUCAGCUUUGAGCACGAGCUAUGCGGUGGCAUGCAACGUCAGCAGCCCUGGGACGAUGACAUCAAUGUCUACAAGGCCAACUACUCACGCAAGACUUUAACUGAACUGACCAGAUUGUAUGGCAUGGACUUUGAGGGUUACAUGACCACCAGUUUUGGUCAGGGCAUCUAUACCCCUGUAUAUAUGGCAGCGGAUAAUUAUUAUCGCCAACUAAAGCGUACCGUGGAUGCCCACAACAUCACUCAACUGGCCAACUACAUAAUGUAUCGGGCUGUGGCCACACUCACUUUCCCGCUGGAGCAAAAGUCCGUCCAGAGGCCAGCGCAUUGCUUGGAGACCGUCAAGCGUCUGUUGCCAUCCGCUCUGGGGGAGCUUUAUACGCGACAAUUUGCAACCAUCGAAGCUGCCCAGCAAUUGAAUCAACUAUAUGCCCAGCUCCAGGACGCCCUAAAGCAGAGUCUCAACGCCGACUGGUUGGAGGAGGGCAGUCGUCGCAUAGCCCAACAGAAAUUGAGCAACAUGCGACUUGCCCUGCCCAUCUAUGAAAAGCCACUGGUACUCAAGCUACAACUGGAUCACAACAACUAUUGGCACAAUCUGCGCCAGCUGCAGGAUGAGGUGCAGUCCAAGCAAGUGCAUCGCCUCUUCGAGGUGGAUGUGCCACUGCCCGCCUACCCCGUGGAAGCCUAUGAGUCCCGGGUGGUCUAUCGACCGGUGCAGCAUCGCCUCGAGCUGGGCUGGGCGUUGUUGCAGCCACCCGACUACGAUGCGCGCUAUGGAUAUGCAAUACGCUUUGCCACAUUGGGCACAACGCUAGCCCAGCAGAUGGUGAGGGCAUUUGAUGAGAUUCACUGGUCUGUUGGCUUGCGGGAGCGAGAUAGUUGGGAUGCAUUGACUGUCUGGCGAUACCGCAAUCGCAGUUCCUGCUUUAUCCGCCAUGUGGAGGACUAUUUGUGGCACAAUGAGAGCGCAACGGAGCAGCUGAUUACCAACAGCGCUGGACUAAAUGUGGCCUUUCAUGCCUACCUCAACUGGCUAAAUUUUCAGGAGCCCAACAAUGACUUUACCUUAUUAUCAAAGGAGACGUUGCCUGGUCUCAACUAUCCGAAUACUGCACUUUUCUUUAUUGCCUUUGCCCAGCAGCAUUGCCAUCCACGGCAGUCUGUCGCUAGCGAAGAGUCAGGUCGCACCUACAGCGUUAGACAACAUCACAGCUGGGAGCGUCUGCAGGUGAAUGGACCGUUACGUAAUCUUCCGGACUUCGCCCGGGAAUUCCAUUGUGCAGCAGGCACGCCCAUGAAUCCGGCAGAGAAAUGCAUCAUCUACUGACAGAGCUACCUACCUACAAACUAUACAUAUGAAAACUAAGAAAAUUAUCGUUUACUUGUAGUCGUUGAUCUAUAAUUUAUUGUCAGUAACAAAACAUAUUCUACCAAUUAAAAGUGCACCUCUGCAUUAUAUAGAACUAA